GAUAGCUUUGACUUGGACUCAAACACCAACAGAGAGCAGAGCUCCCCUCUAAAGGGAGACUGUGACAAGUGGAUAGACUUUUCCAAGAUGCGCAGUUCAAAUCAAGAGUAUUACUUGAAGCUGGAAGAGUUGAAGAAUGCCCACUUGGAGACCAUGGCAAAACUGGAGAGUAUGUAUAGGAACAAACUGUAUUUGAAAGAAGUACAACCCUUGGACAAGAGAAACACCACUACUACUAAGUAUUGUAGGCCAACGUGGGACAAGAGCUCCUAUCAGCCUCUAAAUUUGCACAAAUCCUUUUCAGACUCUGACUUAAGUGAUCACUUAAGCAGGAGUGUAUCUGAUGUGUCUGACAAAGAAUUAGCAUUUAAGGAAAGUGACAGUGAAACUGGAUCCUCUGCAUUUGCUAAGCAACAGAUUGAAAAAAUGUGGGAUGGGUUCUCUGUGGAAGAUUAUACCUCCCGCAUCCAGCACAGCUUCCCAAGCUCCGCACCGUGCAGGAAGGUACGGAAGAAACAGAAAGCUUGGUCACCCAAAGUUACCGUGCCAAGGCCUUUCCAGAUGACUAUCAGAGAAGCUAAGAAAAAGGAACAGAAUGUUAAAUCCAAGUCACAGAUUGAGGUGGAAAAUCACUUAUUGAAGAAGCAACUGGAGGAAGAAGCAGAGUGCCAGAAAAAAUUCCGAGCCAAUCCAGUGCCUGCUGCAGUGUUUCUGCCGCUGUACCACGACAUCAUGCAACGGAAUGAGGAACGCAGGAGGUCUGUGCGGGAGAGGAGCAAACUCAAGCUCUUGGCUUCCCAGAAACCAUUUAAAUUCAUUGAAAGGGAGAGGCAAAGGAGUGAAAUGAGGAAAAUGCAACUAAGAGACCUUUCCCCACCUGAAAUGAAAGUUAAAGUGUUCAAGGCAAAACCAGUUCCCAAAUGGGUUUACAGUUCAGAUGUUAAUGACAAGUGGAAGGAGGAGGAGCUCUACAGAAAAAUCAGGAUCAGGAUGAGAGCUGAAGAGUUGCUACGGAAUUCCUCUCUACCCAACAGCAGACUGGCUGGAAAGGAGACCAAUACAAAGAAGAAACACAAGAGCCCUGAAGCAAAGCAAAGAGAACAGAAACUCAAGAUCAAAUCAAGUGUUCCAAAUUUUGAACUACUCCAUAAGAAGCUUGAGAAACGGCUCCUGCAGCAGCGGAAGGUGAAGCACCUGACAGUCUGUGAGCCUUUCAACCUCCGUACUCCCCAGAUUCCCUCCAACAAGGGGAAGAUUCUGAAGGACAUUCAAGAGGAUGAGGAAAAUUUGAAAGAGACACGUUGGCCAUUUGCCUCUCCGAGAUGUAAACCUCAGAUGAGACAUUCAAAUGCAAAUUUACAUCUCUUGGGACCUGGAAAGUCUAAGUCUCCCAAAGUGACAGAAUCCACGAGACAGCGGCUGCAAGCUGUCAGGAAUUCACUUGAGGAAAAGAGAAAGCUGGAAGAACAACAAAAAAGGAACAGGACAAAGCAGAAACAAAGAAGGAAAACAUUCCAGAAAAUUGUAAUGGCUCGGGCUGAGGCCAAUGACCCACAUCAGAGCCUAGCUCAGAUAUCCAAAUCCAAAUUAAAAACAUUCAGGACCAAUGAGAAGCAGAGAAUGCAGGAAUAUUUGCAAGAGAUGCAAGAAAUGGAAGAAAGGGUAAAACAGAGGCCAUUGCUUCUUGAAAGAGUCACUCAGGUUGCUUCAGAAAAGCAUUAUUCUAAAAUACUGAGAGCACUGGGGAUAUGCCCAGAGUUUGUUUCAAAGAAAGGACAAACAACUCAGUUGCUACAGUGCUACAGUCCUGAAGAUUUUAACUCCACUAAUGCCACAAAAAGAGUCGUCAAGGUUAGAAUGAAGGAAAUGGAAUCCUUGGAGGAAGCAGCUGACAGCAGUCCUCAGCCUGAGCAGUCCUGGGAGGAAGAGGAAGAGAAGGGCAAAGGUGUCAAAACCUCCACCUGGGAUGACCAGUUCAGUGAGCUGGAGGAUGAGGAAGAGGCAAGAGGUAGCCCUUAUGCUCAUCAGCCUUGCCAUGCAGGGGAGUCUGGUUCCAGCCCACUCUCCAGCCAGCACAGUGAAGGGGAUGAGGAGGAGGAGGAAGAGGAAGCAAAGGCAGGCCUGUCACUUGGCCAGUCCCAGGAGGAAGAGGAGGAGGAGAAAGCAAAGGCAGACUUGUCACUUGGCCAUUCCCAGGAGGAGGAAGAUAAGCAGUCAAGACCCAGCUCCCAGUCUGAUCAGUCCCAGGAGCAUGGAGAGGAAGGUCAGUAUGACCCUGAAGCUGAGGGUGACUUCAACUAUGAGGAUGAGGAGUAUGAAAGUGAUGAUUCAGAAGAGAAACCCAGUGAUGAGGAAGAUGACUGA